UACCUCAUUGGUUUCUGUCGCUGGCCACAUGCUAACGCACUGGGCGUUCCUUUUUUCUGUUCUUUUUUCUUUGUUCCUCGCACGCCGCCGGUGAACUGCUCACCACGACCACGGCGGCUCCUGGAUCUGGACAAGCCGCACCGUAGCCAGCUAGGUAAUUUGGGAUCGGAGCACCCACGAGCUGCGCCGUCUCCAUGCCUCCCUCUGAAACUAAGCGGAGGGACUGGGCUGAUCUCGGGGACGGGGUGGCAGGGAUGAUUGCCGACCGCGUCCUCGCCUACGACGUCGCCGACUACCUCCGCUUCCGCGCGGUGUGCAGCCCGUGGCGGCGUUGCUGCGCGGACCCGCGCGCGCACGGCGACCUCGACCGCCGGUUCCAUCCCCGACGGUGGCUCAUGCUCCGGGAACCUCGGGAACGAAUCGACUCUCCCAACGUCCGCCGCUUCCUCAACUCCUCCACCGGCGAGUGCAUCCGGGUUCACCUCCCGGGUCUCCAUAACCAAGAGGUGCUCGCCCUCUCCUCCGAGGGCCUACUCGUCGUGCUCGACUGGCCGCGGAGCACCAAGGUCCACCUGCUCAACCCGCUCACGCGCCAUCUCACCCAGCUCCCGCCGCUCAUGGCGCUGCUGUCUUAUCAGGGCUACGAGUGCUUCCUUUACACUAGUGCUUUUGACACCCACUUUCCAGCCUGGGGUUCCGGCAUUCUCAAUGAUGAUUCCACGGUGGUGCUCUGCUUUAGCAGGCUCAACAUGCUCGGCAUGGCAAAGCCCGGCGAUGACCACUGGACGUUGUUAAACUUCCACAGUCCGAGUCCGGUGGCGCUGGGAACGGCUUCCUCAAUGAUCGCAGGACGAUUCUACUGUGUCACCACUGAUGGCGUGAUGGUGCUGGAGGAUCAGCCACCACGCUUGGAGCUGGUUGCCAAGCUACCCAUGCCGGUUUCCCCGGUGGCGGAUACUGUGCACCUCAUGGACAGUGCUGGAGAGUUGAUGCUGGUGCACCGUAGGUUCUCACGACACCAUGACACCAAUAACGUGGCCAAGAGGAGGUACGACGUGUAUAGAGUGGAUUUGGGCGCCGGGACAUUGUGCCGAGUCAACAGCUUUGGUGGCGGGGCACAUGCCUUGUUCAUCGGCUUGUAUUGCUCUCUCUCGGUGCCUAUCAAGCUUUUCCCUGCAGGCUCCAUUAGGGGUGACACCAUCUACCUGAGCUUUGACAUUGCAGAGAGGAGCAAAACUGAGGGCUACCAUCUUGCAGACAGAAGCACCAUUAGUAGCGAUAACCUGAACUGCCACUUGGUCCUCCAGCCGCAUACUCUUGUCGAUUGUCUCUCCUUGUGCACUACUGGUCGGAUCUGGUGUCACUUCGAAAAACAUCUUGUCAGUCAGUGCAGACGAUAGUGCUCAUCUUUUUCAUUUCUGGCAGGAUACUGGGAAAGAAAAAUGUGUGGCUAAUCAAUCUGUGGCUUUGGUUAAAAACAAAACCAAAUGAUACUAUGUGGCUUCGGACCAAGGAAAGUCAUCUUGUAAGUGGUGCUCUGCUUCUACUCGCCCUUUGAACCCUGGAUGUUUAGCAUGGUAACACAAACUGUACAAUUGUGCUCUUUGAAUCACAUUUUCUGAUCAUUCCUUUA